GAGGGGCGGGGAGGGGAGAGUGACCACGAGUCUGAGUGACAGGCGAUGAGAAGGGACGCCAAUAUAUAAAGCUGGCUCCAGAGCGCGCAGGUUUCAGUAGCGGCGCUGCGCGCAGGCCACAAACAUAGAGCCGCGAGCCGCAGCCCACGCCGCGGUGGAGCAGCGUACCCCGGGCAGCAGCCCGCUCGCAGGCGCAGGAUUAGCCCCGAGGACACAUCCUUAGCGCCGCCACCCAGCCACCUUCACCUGGAUUACCUACCGCAGCAGCUGCAAGAGGAGCUGACCCGAAGACGAGCAGCGGGGAGCAGCGCCCCGACAGGAGUCCGGCUUUUCGGGGACCGUGCAGGCCGGCGAACGCACAGGAAAGAGGCGUCCCGAAUAGAGCCAGAUUCGGGGCCGGUCCGCGGGGUGGAGAGAAGGACAGCGCAGGGGAUGGCAGCCGCGUCCCGGAGCGCCUCGGGGUGGGCGCUGCUGCUGCUGCUGUUGGCUCUCAGGCAGCAGCGCGCAGCCGGCUCCGGCGUCUUCCAGCUGCAGCUGCGGGAGUUCGCCAACGAGCACGGCAUGCUGGCCAGCGGGCGGCCGUGCGAGCCUGGCUGCCGGACGUUCUUCCGCGUCUGCCUGAAGCACUUCCAGGCGGUCUUCUCGCCGGGACCCUGCACCUUCGGCAGCGUGUCCACGCCGGUCUUGGGCACCAACUCCUUCGCGGUCCAGGACGACAGUAGCGGCGGGGGGCGCAACCCUCUCCAACUGCCCUUCAAUUUCACCUGGCCGGGAACCUUCUCGCUCAUCAUUGAGGCUUGGCACGCGCCUGGAGACGACCUGCGGCCAGAGGCUCUGCCCCCAGAUGCCCUCAUCAGCAAGAUCAUCAUCCAGGGCUCCCUGACCGUGGGCCAGAAUUGGUUACUGGAUGAGCAGACGAGCACCCUCACCAGGCUGCGCUACUCCUACCGGGUCAUCUGCAGUGACCAUUACUACGGGGACAACUGCUCUCGCUUGUGCAAGAAGCGCAAUGAUCACUUUGGCCACUACGUGUGCCAGCCGGACGGCAGCCUGUCUUGCCUACCUGGAUGGACUGGGGAGUAUUGCGAACUACCUAUCUGCCUUUCUGGCUGCCAUGAACAGAACGGCUACUGCACCAAGCCAGCGGAGUGCCUCUGCCGCCCAGGCUGGCAGGGCCGCCUGUGUAAUGAGUGCAUCCCGCACAACGGCUGUCGCCAUGGCACCUGCAGCAUCCCCUGGCAGUGCACCUGCGACGAGGGCUGGGGUGGCCUGUUCUGUGACCAAGAUCUCAACUACUGCACCCACCACUCCCCAUGCAAGAAUGGGGCCACCUGCUCCAACAGCGGGCAGCGGAGCUACACUUGCACCUGUCGCCCUGGCUACACUGGUGUGGACUGUGAGCUGAAGCUGAGCGAGUGUGACAGCAACCCCUGUCGCAAUGGGGCCAGCUGUAAGGACCAGGAGGAUGGUUACCACUGUGCGUGCCCCCCAGGCUACUAUGGCACGCACUGUGAGCACAGCACCCUGAGCUGUGCCGACUCCCCCUGCUUCAAUGGGGGCUCCUGCCAUGAGCGCAGCCAGGGGACCAGCUACAUCUGCGAAUGCCCCCCCAACUUCACAGGCUCCAACUGCGAGAAGAAAAUGGACAGGUGCACCAGCAACCCGUGUACCAAUGGGGGCCAGUGCCUGAACCGAGGCCUGAGCCACACGUGCCGCUGCCGUCCUGGAUUCACAGGCCCCCGCUGUGAGCUCCACAUCCGUGACUGUGCCCGCAGCCCUUGCGCCCAUGGCGGAACUUGCCAUGACCUGGAGAAUGGAUUUGUGUGUACCUGCCCUGCUGGCUUCUCUGGGCGGCGCUGCGAGGUGGCACCAAUGCCCGGUGAUGCCUGCGCCUCUGGGCCUUGCUUCAACGGGGCCACCUGCUAUGCUGGCCUCUCCCCGGACAGCUUCGUCUGCAACUGCCCCUAUGGCUUCGUGGGUGGCCGCUGCGAGUUCCCUGUGGGCCUGCCGCCCAGCUUCCCCUGGGUGGCCGUCUCCCUGGGCGUGGGGCUGGUUGUGGUUCUGGUGCUGCUGGCCAUGGUGGCGGUGGCUGUGCGGCAGUUGCGGCUCCGGCAGCCAGAGGAUGGUGGCAGGGAGGCCAUGAACAACCUGUCAGACUUCCAGAAGGACAACCUGAUCCCUGCCACCCAGCUCAAGAACACAAACCAGAAGAAGGAGCUGGAAGUGGACUGUGGCCUGGACAAGUCCAACUGUGGCAAACAGCAGAACCACACAUUGGACUAUAAUCUGGCCCCUGGGCCCCUGGGCCGGGGGACCCUGCCGGGAAAGUACCUCCACAGUGACAAGAGCUUAGGAGAGAAGGUGCCGCUGCGGUUACACAGUGAAAAGCCCGAGUGUCGGAUAUCUGCGAUAUGCUCCCCCAGGGAGUCCAUGUACCAGUCUGUGUGUUUGAUAUCAGAAGAGAGGAACGAGUGUGUCAUUGCCACAGAGGUAUAAGAUGGGGCCUCCCCAGGUCAGCCUGGCAUCGCCCAGCAGCUGGACCUUCCUGCUGCAUUGUUUACAUUGCAUCCUGAAUGGGGCGUCUUCCAUAUGCAACGUGCUGCUCUCAGAGGAGGGAGGACGGCGGGAACUGGACAGACUGUGAACUGGCCAAGCGAUGCAACUCCCCUGCACACCUUGGGGCAUCCGCCUGGCAUCAGAUGGGCAGCUGCGCCAGCCAAGGCAACAGAGGAGAGGAGAGACGCCCUUCGAACCUGCCCUGCCAGCAAUGGAGCCACAUGUGGCUCUUUGGGACCCUCAGGGAUCCUCAGGCAGGGGGGCACUCCAGCCUGUUUUUCCAGAGUGGCAGUGGUUCUGUGGGCCUCCACUGACAUCGGUGUUUCCAAAAGUGCCUUCGGCCCAGGCUCUGUGGAGAUGGCCGGGCCAGAAUCUGAAGGGAGAUGGGACUAGGCAGGCAGGGCAGGGCCUGCUGGCAGACCGACAACAGGCCACUGGGGAUGGCUUUUGGCAGGAGUUGGGUAGUGGCCCUGCAGAUGAGGCAAAAGGUGCACUUUCCAUGGCCCCUGCCCUAGACCACUGUGUGUGGGCCUUUCUCAUCCCUCUCCCUGGCACGCCUCCCCUGGGCAAAAACGUGGGUAAGUCUUACCUGGCUCCCACUGCCUGCUGGCCCUGGCUGCCCCUGGGCAGAGGACCUGGUCCUUGGGCUCAGUUUGGCCACCAGGCCUACCAGAGAUGCUCCAGGAACUGGUGGUUGGAAUUUCACUGGGGGAAGAGAUUGGGUGCUGAGAUCCUUGCCUGCAACCUGGAGCCCGGGCUCUGACGGUGCCCACUACUGCCCUGCCCCACCCCCACCCUAGAAGCCGAUCUUCAGAAAUCAAUAAUAUGAGUUUUUAUUUUAUUAUUUUUUUUGUAGUUUAUUUUGGAGUCUAGUAUUUCGGUAAUUUAAGAAUCAGAAGCACUGACCUUUCUACAUUUUAUAACGUUAUUUUGUAUAUCAUGUGUAUUUAUAACAUGGAAGAGAUGUGUACAGGA